AUGACACACGAAGCCCGCACCACGCCUCCCGAGGCCGUGGGCGGGCCACACGCCCCCGCCAACCAAGAAGAUGGCGCACGGCCGCUGUUGGAGAGGGUUGCACGGGAGGCGAUGCCAUCGACACAAACGAGCCAUCCAUUGCUGUCCACGGAGGCAGUGCAGGAAGAAGACACCCAAAGCGUCGCCCGCAACGCCUACGGGAAAGAAGACGCGGAACAGGUGGUGGGCGAGGGAUGCGAGAAGGAAGACGUGGAGCGGCGUGGGUGGGCGAGGUCGGUGAUGGCGUCGUUCUCAUCUAUAAUUCCACCGGGCGGG